GGAAAUUAAAAAAAAAAGGGAGAAAGCAAGAUGACUGAGGAAGCCUCAGAAGGAGACGUCCUCCUCGCGAGGCGCAUCAUCUCCGCCGCAGCGCGCCACGACGUGCCGGCCCUGAAGAUUCUUCUCAAAACUGGGUCGGCGAACGUGCAGGAUGCUACGGCGCCGGUCGCAUCGUCCCCUCUCCACGCUGCCAUCGCGGCGUGCGGGAACGCUGGGGCCGGGAAAGAGGUGGGUGACGACGACGUCGACGCGGUCCGGACGGUGGAGUUGCUGCUCGAGAACGGGGCCAUCUGGAACGAUCUGAACAGCGAGGACGAGACGCCCGGGUGCAUUGCUCUGCGGCUUGGGCAGAGGAGGAUCUACGACAUGAUGGUCGACGCCGGUGUGCGGGCCGAACUGCUCUUCUCCAAGAUGGAGACCCUAGGGCUGGACGAGAGCGAGGACGAGGAUGAAAACGACGGCGACGGCGACGGCGACGGCGGCGACGACGACGGGGAUGAAUCACAUGACAAACGGCCGGCACCAAAGAGGCAGAAGCUCUCGAACGGAGAACGACAAGCAGUCGAGCAGGCGGUCGAAGAGAAAGUCCUCGAUGACGUCUCACUCGAUAACCGCGCAUACCUGAAGAGCCAACUACGGUACAAGCCGGGCAUAUUGCUGGACGAAAGCGACAACGCGGUGAUGAUGGACUGGGAGACCCAGAUCAUGCAGCGGCACGCCGAAACCCUGAUCCCCCACGCCGGUCUCAAGGUGAUGAACGUGGGCCACGGCAUGGGCAUCGUCGACACGGCCAUCCAGACGCACAAACCGGCCGAACACCACAUCGUCGAAGCCCAUCCGCAGGUGCUCCAGCGGCUGCGCGACCAGGGCUGGUACGACAAGCCCAACGUCACCAUCCACGAAGGGCGGUGGCAGGACGUGCUCCCCGAACUGGUCGAGAAGGGCACGGUGCAGCUCGACGCCAUCUACUACGACACCUUUGCCGAAGACUACAAGGCGCUGAGGGAGUUCUUCUCGGAAUAUGUCGUCCAGCUCCUGGGCCCCACGGGGAGAUUCGGGUGGUACAACGGCCUUGGAGCCGAUCGGCAGAUUUGCUACGACGUGUACACCAAGGUUGCGGAAAUUGAUCUCCGUCAGGCGGGAUUCGACACCGCGUGGGAAGACAUCGCCGUCCCCUCGGGACUGCACGGAAGCAAGCAGUGGGAGGGCACGAGGAGGCCGUACUGGACGAUCGACGUCUACCGACUGCCGGUAAACACGUUCACGAAGUGAGCAUCAGAAAAGCAGUAGCCGGGACUCGGAAAACAGGGGAAAUGACAGAUACCACAUUGAGCAGCACCAAAAAAAAGAAGGGAAAGGGGGAGCUCACAUUCAAGCCGAGCUUGCGGUUGGGGAUAAGUUAUUUGGGACAGCCUUGGGCAACGGGCUGAUAGAUGCACAUUCUUUCCAACCGCGAGUCUCGGCGCGGCACGCAGGUUCAUUCCUGUAUUCAAGAAGGAUGAUUCCCGUGUUUCUGACACCACGCACCUAUGCCCUCCGUUUGCCUUGCUCUCCGACAUGCUCACAGACGCAAAGCAGUGGGACAACUGUUUUGGCAUGAUUUUCUGUGACCGCCACUUCCAGCAUUGUUAUGAAUAUGUGAAGCUAAUCACAAACAGGAAGCGGCGCAGUCUGGCGAGAAAGGGGUACCACAGUAUAUUCGCUCAGAGGCAAUCGCCGUCUACAAGAGAAUGCAUUCCAACGUAUGAAUGUAGUGGCAUCCCUAUCCUUGUUCUUGCCCGGCGGCCACCUCGACGCUGCUGAGAAAAGGUGUUCAUUCUGCUGGGUGUGCACGUGGUGUGUUACUGAGGUAGAAAGACGCGGUCUGUGCACUCCACCGUACUGAUCCAUGACGUCAAUCCUCAUCGGCCAGAGUUAUACCGAUGCGCCAAGUACUUUUUCAUUAUCGAUAAUGGAAAAUCGUAAACAGUCAAAG